AUGGGAAGCUUUUCGGAAAAUGGGCCUAGGGUCAUCGUCACCGUGGCGGAUACAAGGCGGUCACCAGCAAACCUUGUUCUGUUUAGAUCAUUCGCCCCAAAAAUCCCAGAGGCUGUGAGAGAGCAGUUGGACUAUCUAGAUCCUGACAAAAUCUUAGUUUGGAAGGCUGCGCGUUGCACAUGUGCUGCACCAUUUUUCUUUGACUCCUAUAAUGGCCUUUCUGAUGGUGGCCUCGUAGCAAAUAAUCCAACUCAAGCACUUAUUGCCGAUUUUCUACAAACAACGCGUCUUGAAAAAGAAUAUGCUAGCAACAAAGUAAGUGUAGUUUAUCUAAAAAUUUCUAGCGUUGAAACUUGUGCUAGGUUGCAAAAAUCCAUUCUCUCUCACUUUGAACUGUCCCAAUGCGAGGUUGAAUUGAAGCUUUAAUA